UGUCUGCUUUUAUUUAGAGAUAGGUAGUAAAUAGAUGAUAAAUAGAUAGGUGACAGGUACUUUUGAAAUAUUUAAAACAAAUGACCAGGUCUUAUUUUCAUUGAGGCAUGGUGGUACAAAAUGAAACUGAACUGACUGAGUUUAUCAUACUUGGCUUUAGAAACCUGCAGGAGAUCCAUCUUUUGCUCUUCACUGGGUUCUUCAUCAUUUAUCUCUUCACAGUUGUGUGGAAUACCUUCAUUAUCCUAAUGACAUUGAUUGAUCAGAAACUACAAACCCCUAUGUAUUUCUUCCUUGGGAACCUCUCCUUUCUGGAUAUUUGCUAUACAAGCACCACUAUCCCCCAGAUGCUGGCCCAUUUACUCUCAGAGAAAAAUAGCAUUUCCUAUAUAGGUUGCGCACUUCAGGCAUAUUUCUUUUUUUCUUUUGUGGGCAUUGAAUGCCUCCUGCUUGCAGUAAUGGCCUUUGAUCGCUAUGUUGCCAUUUGCAAUCCUCUAUGCUACUCAUUGAUUAUUAGCAAAGAAAUUUGUCUCCAACUGGCUACAUCCUGCUGGGCUGGUGGCUUACUCAACUCAGUAGUACAUACCACCUUUGCCUUUUGGUUACCAUUUUGUGGCAAUAACCACCUGGAUGCUUUUUAUUGUGAUAUUGCUCCAUUACUGAGAUUAUCAUGUGGAGACACUUCUCUUAACCAAGUUUUUUUGCUUUCCAUUGGCUUUUUCAUAGCUUGGACCCCUUUGGCAUGCAUCCUUCUAUCAUAUAGUUAUAUCAUUUCAACCAUCUUAAGUACACACUCUUCAGAAGGCAGGAAAAAAGCUUUUUCCACCUGUUCCUCCCAUCUCACAGUGGUCCUUUUAUACUAUGGAAGUGCCCUUUUCACCUACUCAAGGUCAAAUAACAAUCAUUCUUCAAAUCAAGCUAAACUUAUUCCAGUAAUAUAUAGUAUUUUAACCCCACUUUUAAAUCCCAUCAUAUAUACCUUGCGCAAUAAAGAUGUAAUGAAUGCCUGGAGAAAUACAAUUAAAAAAUAAUGAAACAUUUUUUCUUAAAACCUAAUUAUUUCCAAGAUUGUCUUUCCAACUGAAAUGAAUAUUUAAUUAAUACUAUUGUGAAAUAUGCAGAUUCUGGUGUAUAUAUGUAUUUCAAUGUGCACUGGUUUUCCCAACAUUUACAGCAAUGUGUUUAUUUAUUGUAUAACUUGAUGGUUCAUCUUCAAUAAUGACACUUUAGUUCAUAAAAACUCUUGCAUAGCUAGCCUAUUCAAACUUUUUUUUUCCUCACACAUAUUCGGAAUAGAUUGUUUAUGCCAUGACUUGACUAUGCCUAUGAGAACAGAAGAGUAAUCUUGAGAAAUAAGAUUUUAACCAGUUGAAAUUUUCUCACUAUGCGAGUACCUACAGAAUAUACAGAGUAAUAAAAAUUAUCAAUAAGGGGAAAUAUUUGUAGCUCAGGGUUGAAAUGAGGGAUUCUUGGUGCUCUCUGAGCUUGAUUGUUUUCUUGCAGACAUUUCAUUAUCAAACUAGAUAAGAUGAUCAGUAGCAUUAGCACUGUUGAUGUUACAUAAUUUGAAUAAUGAAACAUCUACAAGAAAACAACCAAACUCAGAGAACAUCAAAGACCUUCAAUAAAAGUUAUUUCUAUAUUUCAAUUUUACAUUUUUAUAUAUUAUAAUACUACAAAAGGCUGCAAUCAUCUACUUUUAUUCAAAGGUAGGUAGGAGAUAAAUAGAAAAUAAAUACAUUCUAAAUAUUUAGUUAAAUGUAAGUAUACUAACUUCUUAUACAAUAUGAAACAUACAUUUUAUAUGAAGAUGGAGUUCUGUUCACAAACAAAUAAAAAAUAAUUGAAGUCAUUCUACAUCAAUGUUCUUAUGUACUUGAUUUUAGAGAUUCUGAACUAUUGAAAAUUUUAUUUGUUUAUUUUCAGUAUUUUAAAAUUUUUACAUUCCAUUUUGUA